AUGCCAAUGAUCAACCCCAUUGAAAGGCCGAGACCUUCACGCUUUUGGUCAAGCCUGCAGUCUGUGCAUGAGAAAUGGACAAAUUACAAAACCUGGAUCUCUGUUGCUUGCGUGCUGGUGAUCGUGUUCAUAUAUUCCUCUUGGCUCACAUCCAAAUAUGAAGAUCAGACUAAACCAUUGCGAAGAGUACGCAUAGGGGUUAGCCACGUAGUCAACACUAGUGGAAAACCCGUAGAGGAACUCCCGGCAUGCGGUAAAACAAUGCUUUACACCUUCAAAGGUCUCAACGGAAUGGGAUCUGAAUUAGCUCUUUGGACCGAAGCAGCUGCCGUGGCGACAUGGCUCAAUUAUACAAUGCUUUUGGACGAUUCAAAGUGGAACUACGGGAAACUGAGCGAUUAUUUUGAUAUCCCUCCACUUGAAUGUCGACCCCCUUCAAACUGGAGAGAGAUGCCACGUACACUUUUUUCAAACCUCGGAAAGAACGAGUCUGAUCACGUCUGGGCAACCCGUGGAAGUCUAGAGGACCAUCCUACCCGCUGA